AUGUCCGAGAAGAAAAACAUCAUCAGCAGCAAUAGCAAGAGAAGAAAGAAGAGAUGGCCCUCGAUACUCUUCACCGGAGGAGGAGGAGGCGGAGGAGAAGGAGAUGAGCUGGCGACGGUGAAAGCUGCGGCGUGGGCUUGGUACCAAAGAAACGAAGGAAAACGAAUGGUUAGAGAGUUCGAUCUCACAACAAGAGCCGCAAGAACACCUGGACCUUCGCGGUACAAGCUCGAGGCCAACAAGAACAUGAUUCUCUCCGAGAAUAGGGUUUCUAAAUCGUGCACUAAUCAUGUGUUGCGUGGAGAUCAAGAAACCAAGUUCUCUAGUCUUCUUGACCCUUAUGAAAUCAAGAGUAUUUCCAGGAGGAUUGAUGAGGGCUCUUUACACGCUAAUCAGGCCAGUGCUUUCAGGGAUGAUCAUGAUCAUGUUUUAUUCAAGAAGAAGCUUGAAAAUGAUAGUAAGAAAGAGAAUGGGUUGGUGACAAAAAUGAGCAUGAGAAAUCUGUGGAAAGGAAUGAUUCUGAUGGCUCCAAGGACAGUUUGUGGCAGAAGCGAUGACGUGGAUCUUAAGGCUUAUCGAGCUGGCCCAAGAACAGUAAAGGUUGCACCGACGAGUGUCAAUACGCGAACUGACCAUCGCUAA